ACUGAUCACCUUCUAUUACUACUGGAAGAAGACCCCCGAGGCAGCCAGCUCCAGAGCUCACCGCCGCCACCGCAGGCAGGCCGUGUUCAGGAGGAUCAAAACCCGCACUGCCUCCACCCCCGUCAACACACCCUCCAGACCCCCCUCCAGCGAAUUUUUGGACCUGAGCUCGGCCAGCGAGGAUGACUUUGACAGCGAGGACAGUGAGCAGGAGCUGAAGGGCUACGCCUGCCGCCACUGCUUCACCACCACCUCUAAAGACUGGCACCACGGGGGCCGGGAGAACAUCCUUCUCUGCACUGACUGCCGCAUCCACUUCAAGAAGUACGGGGAGCUGCCGCCCAUCGAGAAGCCGGUGGACCCCCCUCCGUUCAUGUUCAAGCCUGUCAAGGAGGAGGAGGAUGGGCUCAGCGGGAAGCAUAGCAUGAGGACACGGCGGAGUCGGGGCUCGAUGUCUACACUACGCAGUGGUCGGAAGAAGCAGCCCGCCAGCCCCGACGGCCGCGCCUCUCCCAUCAGUGAAGACAUCCGCUCCAGCGGCCGGAACUCCCCCAGCGCCGCCAGCACCUCCAGCAACGACAGUAAGGCCGACACGGUGAAGAAGUCAGCCAAGAAGGUGAAGGAGGAAGCCUCGUCCCCUCUCAAGAGCACCAAGCGCCAGCGGGAGAAGGUGGCCUCGGACACCGAGGAGCCCGAGAGGACCAGCUCCAAGAAGACCAAAACCCAGGAGGUCAGCCGGCCCAACUCCCCCUCUGAAGGCGAAGGAGAGAGCUCGGACAGCCGAAGCGUCAACGACGAGGGGAGCAGUGAUCCCAAAGACAUUGACCAGGACAAUCGCAGCACAUCCCCCAGCAUCCCCAGCCCUCAGGACAAUGAGAGCGACUCCGACUCCUCUGCGCAGCAGCAGACGCUGCAGGCCCAGCCCCCCGCCCUGCAGGCCCCCUCGGGGGCCCCUCCAGGAGUGCCCCAGCUUCCUACCCCUGGCCCCACCGCCUCUGUCCCCGCCAUCCCACCCCAGGGCCCCGCCGCAGCCCCGCAGGCCCCGGGCCAGCCGCAGGCGCCAGCCGCAUCCGCUGUCCACGCGCACGUCCAACAGGCCCCCACCCUGCACCCGCCGCGCCUGCCCUCUCCUCACCCCCCCCUGCAGCCCCUGACAGGCCCUCACGCACAGCCCCCGCUACAUGGCCAGGGCCCCCCUGGGCCCCAUGGCUUGCAGGCAGGGCCCCUACUCCAGCAUCCCGGGCCCCCUCAGCCCUUCGGCCUCCCUCCCCAGGCCUCCCAGGGCCAGGCCCCCCUGGGCAGCUCCCCCGCAGCGGCUCACCCUCACAGUGCUCUGCAGCUCCCCGCCUCUCAGGCUGCCCUGCAAUCCCAGCAACCCCCGCGGGAGCAGCCCCUGCCGCCCGCGCCCCUAGCCAUGCCCCACAUCAAACCCCCGCCCACCACGCCCAUCCCCCAGCUCCCCGCGCCCCAGGCCCACAAGCACCCCCCACACCUCUCAGGGCCCUCCCCCUUCUCCAUGAACGCCAACCUGCCGCCCCCACCUGCCCUGAAGCCACUCAGCUCCCUGUCCACCCACCACCCGCCCUCAGCCCACCCUCCACCCCUGCAGCUCAUGCCCCAGAGCCAGCCCCUGCCCUCCUCCCCGGCUCAGCCCCCCGGGCUGACCCAGAGCCAGAGCCUGCCCCCCUCUACUGCGGCCCACCCCCCUGCCAGCCUCCACCAGGUGCCCCCCCAGUCCCCGUUCGCUCAGCAUCCCUUCGUCCCUGGAGGCCCUCCUCCUGUGACCCCACCCUCCUGCCCGUCCACCUCCACCCCUCCCGCGGGACCCAGCGCCCCCGCACCGCCCUGUCCUGCCGCUGUCUCCAGUGGCCCUGGGGGUGCAUCCUGCCCGCUGCCCACCGUCCAGAUCAAGGAAGAGGCUCUGGAUGAGGCCGAGGAGCCCGAGAGCCCUCCCCCACCCCCCAGGAGCCCCUCCCCUGAGCCCACCGUGGUGGACACUCCCAGCCAUGCCAGCCAGUCUGCCAGGUUCUACAAACACCUGGACCGGGGUUACAACUCGUGUGCACGGACAGACCUGUACUUCACCCCCCUGGCCGGGUCCAAGCUAGCCAAGAAGAGGGAGGAGGCUGUGGAGAAAGCCAAGCGGGAGGCCGAGCAGAAAGCCCGAGAGGAGCGAGAGCGAGAGAAGGAGAAGGAGAAGGAGCGGGAACGAGAGCGGGAGCGGGAACGGGAGGCCGAGCGUGCAGCCAAGGCGUCCAGCUCCGCACACGACGGCCGCCUCAGUGACCCCCAGCUCAGCGGCCCUGGCCACGUGCGGCCCUCCUUCGAGCCGCCGCCGACCACCAUCGCCGCCGUGCCCCCGUACAUCGGGCCCGACACGCCUGCCCUGCGCACCCUGAGCGAGUACGCCCGGCCCCAUGUCAUGUCGCCCACCAACCGCAACCACCCUUUCUACAUGCCCCUCAACCCCGCCGACCCCCUGCUGGCCUACCACAUGCCGGGCCUCUACAACGUGGACCCCACCAUCCGCGAGCGGGAGCUGCGCGAGCGGGAGCUGCGCGAGCGGGAGAUCCGCGAGCGGGAGCUGCGCGAGCGGAUGAAGCCGGGCUUCGAGGUGAAGCCCCCCGAGCUGGACCCUCUGCACCCAGCCACCAACCCCAUGGAGCAUUUCGCCCGCCACAGCGCCCUUACCAUCCCCCCCGCAGCCGGCCCCCACCCGUUCGCCUCCUUCCACCCGGGCCUGAAUCCCUUGGAGCGGGAGAGACUGGCCCUGGCCGGGCCCCAGCUGCGGCCCGAGAUGAGCUACCCAGACCGGCUGGCCGCCGAGCGCAUCCACGCCGAGCGCAUGGCGUCGCUCACGGGCGACCCGCUGGCCCGCCUGCAGAUGUUCAACGUGACUCCUCACCACCACCAGCACUCGCACAUCCACUCCCACCUCCACCUCCACCAGCAGGACCCCCUCCACCAAGGUUCCGCAGGCCCAGUGCACCCCCUGGUGGACCCCCUGACUGCCGGCCCUCACCUGGCUCGCUUCCCCUACCCUCCGGGCACCCUCCCCAACCCUCUGCUCGGACAGCCUCCUCACGAGCAUGAGAUGCUACGCCAUCCAGUUUUUGGCACUCCCUAUCCUCGAGACCUGCCUGGCGCCAUCCCGCCUCCCAUGUCAGCGGCCCACCAGCUGCAGGCCAUGCACGCCCAGUCAGCCGAGCUGCAGAGACUGGCCAUGGAGCAGCAGUGGCUGCAUGGACACCCCCACAUGCACGGCGGCCACUUACCGAGUCAGGAAGAUUACUACAGUCGACUGAAGAAAGAAGGCGACAAGCAGUUAUAAGUUAUUUAUUUGUUAAUGCUGGCUGUGGGAACCCCAGUUUUGGGGACAGAAGCGGGACUUUUGGCAUAUAUUAGGAGCUGCAAAAGCAAAAAAAAAAAAAAAAAGUCUUCUAAAGAUUUCUUUAUAUAUUUAAAAACCCCACAACUAAAAAUGUGUCUGCAUACUAGCGUUGGUUUGUCAAAAGGAUUUCCUGAGGCUGUUUGGGUCUCUUGCAUGACAGUCCCCCAGAAGCUUAGUGAGUCCUGGACUAGACCGAACACCCACAAAUUUCCCUGCCAUCUUGGGGUUUGGCUUUGGUUUUCUUUUCUUUGAUUCCUCGGUAGGUGCUAGAAUCCGUUCACACCCUUCACUGUGCGUGCAGACACCGAGUCCCGGUCCUCCGGCCCGCGGUGUGCAGGUAGUGGCAUAUGAGGUAGAAUCCAAGAGCUAUAAUUUUUAAAAAAUCUUUUAUUUUAAUACAUUGUAGGAAAUCUUCAUAAUUUGAGAAAGUCCUGCAGCAUGGCUUUUUACAUCUGUAAAUAAGUAAUUUUAGAACAGUUUUUUCCCCGUUCCACAAACGACUAUUCUGAUCUAUUUUUUCCAGCCAUGUCACUAAUUGUGAAUUCCUACCAGCUAUUGACAGAAUACAGAGUUGAUUUUUUAAUAAAAAGUUAUAUAUAAUUAUCCCUUUAAUUAAAGGGAGCAGAUGGGCGUUACUGAUGGUACGCGGACAGGAGCUGGAGCUGGGGGUGAGGUGUGGCCCAGCAGAGGGCGGCAGGGCGGCAGCGCCCGCCCUCCCUGCUGCGGGCUCUGCUUGGGUCUGGCGCUCACUCGUGCCUCGAGGGAGCGGGCUUCCUGCCUUGUGCGCAGGAGGCGGGUGCUGGCUUUCGGU